AUGGCGUCUCUAAAGAUGGGGACGCUUCCGGCCCUACGGCGACAGCAUCUGCUUGCUGAAUUCUCGGGUCUGAAACAGGCAUGCCCUGAAGGCGUGUUCGUGAGCCUGACGCCGGGCGAUCCCUCCCUCUGGUCGGGCGUCAUAUUCGUGCGCAAAGGUCCGUAUGCGACUGCCGUCCUGCGCUUCCAGAUCUCAUUUCCCGAUGCCUACCCUAGCCUGCCGCCGCUGGUGACGUUCUCGACCGACAUAUUCCAUCCGCUCGUGACGCCCCUGACGACGUACAUGUACACGACCGACAUCCAGGACAACGGCACCGUCAGCGCCACAGACGAGGAGCGCCUGCCGCCAGGAGGGUUCAGCCUGCGCCACGGGUUUCCGGACUGGUUCGGGCGCGGGAGGAGGAGCAGGGUCACCAGCGGUAGCGGCACUGCCCCUGCUGGCGCCGGCACCGGCACCAGCAGCGGCGCGGGCCAGGCGUCGGGCUCCGGGGGCAUCGCCUUCGCGCAGACGCCGCCGAGGUCGACGGCCGGCAGCGCCCAGAGCACGCCCGCCUCCAAGGCCUCGCCCGCCGGGCCGCCCGGCUACAUGCAGACGGGCAGGAGGGAGAUUUCGACCUAUGACGUGCUGCGGUACAUACGGAGCACGUUUGACGACGAGGAGGUGCUCGACUCGGUCCCGCUCGAGGCGGCGGGCAACCCCGGCGCGUGGCACGCGUGGAGGACGCACCAGCGGCAGCUCGGCAAGGGCGCCAAGGAGGGCGGCGCAGUGGGCUCCCCCGCUGCCGGUGGUGAGGGCGGAGGCGAGAGCGGUGCGCCUCUGAAGCCGGUGGCGAGCACGUCGAGCAUGGCGCGGAGGCCGGGUGAGUGGAACUGGGAAGGCGUGUGGGAGGAGAGAGUCAAGAAGGGCAUCGCGGCCAGCCUGUCUGAGCCGGUCAUGUUUGGCAGCGCGGGCGCGACCGAUGACGUGAUCCGCUUCUUGAGCAUGGAGGACAGCGACGUGGAGGCCGUAAAGGACAACCUCAAACGGACUCUUGGUGUUGCUAAUGAGCUCGGCGGGUCUGAAAGAAUCAGGAUGGACUGGGUCUGA